AUGAUGGUAAUAAAAGACUUACCACCAAUUCCAUUAUAUAAACUAUUAUUCUACGUUUUAAUUAUUAAAUUGAUUAGUAUUAUAUCAGUCAUAGUUGGUCUAACAGGACACUGCAUUUAUUAUACAAUAACAGAAACAAUACACUUAAUUAAAAUCAUUUUAUAUGGUAAUGAUGACAAUGCAAUUAAAUGGGAAAAUACAAAAACCCUUUUUGAUGCUAGUAAACGUACAAAUGAAUAUUAUAUGCUAAUUAUUGGUAGUGGUUUUAGUGGUCUAGGAUUGGCGAUCAAACUUAAUGAAAUCGGUAUGUUUAACUAUAUGAUAUUAGAACGUCAUUCUAGAUUGGGUGGUACAUGGCAUGCAAAUCAAUAUCCUGGAUGUGCAUGUGAUGUAGUAUCAAAUCUCUAUUCUUUCUCAUUUCAACAAAAUCCGAACUGGAGUCAUUACUAUAGUCGACAAGAUGAAAUAUGGAAAUAUUUGGAAUAUUGUGCAGAUAAAUAUCAUUUAAUGAAAAAUAUACAAUUUAAUACAAAUGUUAGCCAAUGUCACUGGAUUGAAGAACGACAACAAUGGCGUGUAACUUUUAAUGAUAAUCAAUAUUUAUAUGCUCAAUAUUUAGUUGGUGGUUAUGGUCCCUUAUCAAAUGCAAAGUAUCCUGAUAACAUUGAAGGUAUUCGAACAUUUCAAGGUGAUCAAUUUCAUUCAGCUAAUUGGGAUACAAGUUAUUUGCUUGAUAAAAAACGUGUGGCUGUUAUUGGUACUGGUGCAAGUGCUAUACAAAUUGUACCAGAAAUUCAAAAACAAGUUAAGCAAUUAUUCGUAUUUCAACGUACACCUGGAUGGAUAGUACCACGAGAGGAUAGAAAGGUAACUGAAUUUGAAAAGAAAAUAUUUGCCUAUUUUCCAUGGAUACAAAAACUGGUACGUGGUUGUCUCUAUUGGACAUACGAAACAACUGUUUUAUCAUUUGUUUAUCGAUGGCCAUUACGUCAUGUGCUACAAAUGUUGAUGAAAUAUAAUCUUUAUAGUCAAGUUAAAGAUCCAGAAUUGAGAAAAAAAUUAACGCCUAAAUUUGAAUUAGGUAAAGUAAGUUUUCUUUCUGUGAAUAGUGAUGAUUCAAAUGAACCGAUGAGUGUCGGGCAAUAA